AUGGCUGAUCCAGAUCUCUGGAAGCGCACGGUCGCGCACUCGGCUCUUCAGCAUCUCGCCGCCAACGCCCAUAAAAAGAUUGCGCAUCUGCAGCAGCUGACCAGCGACUUAGAGGUUGAGCGGGAUUUGGUGGCUGCAGAUCUUCAGGUCAUGGCCUUGGAAGAGUUGAUGACGCACUCCCCGAGUCCGGAACGUGAUGUUCCUUUGUGUGAGGAGCGGCGGGCAGUCAAUGGGAGGAAGCGCGCGGCCCUUCCAGCAGCGCCGCCCCUCGGUCCAAUGCCGGAUGGUACUUUCCGUUCAACGGUAGACUCAUGGAAUCGCAAGCGCGAUCGCAAAUGGGUGGAGAACAGACUGGGCAUACCAGAAGAGGGUGACGGGAGUACAACAUUUGUGAAUGAGCUUGACACUUCAGUUGUCAUCGCGGUGGGCUACCGCAGGGUUCUAUAUGGCGACCAUGGGCCGUAUCUUGAGUUCACUAAGCACCAGAUAAAGUGGGAAAGCUUUCCAGUUGUCAAGCCAGACAAGCCUUCGCAUGCCUAUUACGAUGAACGCUUUACAGAGGAUCAACACGUGAAGGCCUACGAGCAGCGAAAGACGGUGCGUGACAAGCCAAACCCGCCCCCAGGUCCUUGGUCAGCAAGCCACAACCGCUUCGACACGGGUUACGCAGACUAUCAGCCUGGGUAUGUAUACGUGUCAGCGGCAAUCCCACAGAUGAACAAGCUUGUGCGAACCUUGUCACACACAACCCGUGCCUCCUCGGUGUACCGGCUUGAAUCCGGGCCGACGUCCCGAAACGGGCAGUGGAUCAGCGGCGUUCUGCCGCUUGUGAAGAGCAAGCUAGUGACGGCAAUCGGUUUCUUCUUCAGCCCAGAUGAGUCCACGGGCGGCUGCCAAGGUCCCGAUUACCACUUUGGUGACAAGGAGAGGCAAUGGAGGAGUGCGUGGAAAGGCGAGUGCGCCUUCCUCUACAGGAAUGAGCCAGAAGAUAAGAAGGUCUUACACUGGCGGUCUCCUCGAAGUGAUGAGUAUGAUGCUUGCUACCGGCUCGCCUGCAAGGAGUUCUGCAGAACCCAUUGGUGUAUGUCGAAAACCGUUGCAGCUGCAGUUUGGUCAUUUUCAGUCUUUCUGGUCUUGACCUCUCUCUGCUGCUGCGCCAUCGUAGGCUACAAGCUAGGAUCCCAGCUGUCCAGCCCGGACAGACGUGAGCUAGGCGGCAACGCGAACAACGUGUGCAGCAGCGCCAGCAGCAGAGUCUGA